AUGGCGGCUCCCGAAAUCCCCAAGAAAUACAAGGCCAUCAUCUACGACAAGCCCGGCAAAGUUUCCACCAAGGUUGUCGAGCUCGAUACGCCAGAGCCCGGCCCGGGCGAGGUCCUAAUCAACCUGUCCCACUCUGGCGUCUGCCAUUCCGAUUUUGGCAUCAUGAUGAACAACUGGACGCAACUUCCGUUCCCAACCAAAGAGGGCCAAGUUGGUGGCCAUGAAGGUGUCGGCAAGAUCGUCAAGAUGGGCCCAGGUGCGGAUGCCGCAGCCGUCAAGGUCGGAGAUCGCGUAGGCAUUAAGUGGGUCAGCGGCAUCUGUGGCUCCUGCGUUGCGUGCCUUGCUGGUAUGGACGGCCAGUGCACGAACCAGAAAGUCAGCGGCUAUUAUACCCCGGGCACAUUCCAGCAAUACGUCCUGGCUCCUGCAAACUACGUCACUCCUAUCCCAGAUGGGCUCGACAGUGCAGAAGCAGCUCCCAUGCUCUGUGCCGGUGUGACGACAUACUCAGCUCUCCGCAAGUCCAAUGCCCAGAGCGGUGAUUGGGUUGUACUGCUCGGCGCCGGCGGCGGCCUCGGACACAUCGCAGUCCAACUCGGCGCGCGAGGCAUGUCCUACCGGAUCAUCGGCAUCGACCACGACAGCAAAGAAGACCUCGUGCUCUCCUCGGGCGCGGAGCACUUCCUGCCCAUCUCCCACGGCAAGGACCUGCCCACCAAGGUGCAAGAGCUCACGGGCGGGCUGGGCGCGUCGGCCGUCGUCGUGCUCACCGCGGCCAACGCGGCCUACGCGCAGGCGGCCGACAUGCUGCGCAUCGGCGGCACGCUCGUGUGCGUGGGCAUCCCCGAGGGCGAGCCCGUGCCCAUCGCGGGCGCGAUGCCGCAGUUCCUGGUCGCAAAGGCGCUCAAGAUCGUGGGCGUCGCCGUGGGCGACCGCCGCGAGGCCAUCGAGACCAUGGACUUUGCGCGGCGCGGCAUCGUGAAGACGCACUUCAGGACGGAGAAGAUGGACGCGCUGACGGGCGUCUUCAAUGAGAUGGAGGCUGGGAGGGUGAAAGGGAGGGUGGUGUUGGAUCUGUCUUGA